AUGGCUGCCGACUAUCUGGAUGCCGUCAACCUCAUGGCGUACGACUUCUUCGGUAUGUGGACACCGAAAAGCGGCCAUCAUUCCCAAUUGUAUGCAAUGUCUCGGGACGAACCUUCUGGUUCAUCAGGCGUCGCCCAUUUGAUGUCUCAUGGAUUCCCUUCGGGUGGUAUUCUGCUUGGUAUUCCUACAUAUGGCCGCAGCUUCCAGCAUGCCACAGGACCAGGCCAAAAGUUCAAGGGGGGUGGCGGUAAUGAUGGCACAUUCGAAUAUAACCAGCUUCCCCGGAAAGGAUGUAAGGAGUCGGUGGAUAAACGACACAUUUCGGCCCAGUGCGUGGGAGGUGAUGGGGGUUUCGUGACAUACGAUAAUCCCGAUACGGUGAAGGCGAAGGCAGCAUUUGCAAAGCAAAAAGGACUAGGUGGUCUUUUUUAUUGGAAUGGAACGGCCGACUCUAAAGAAACAUCCAGAAGCCUGGUUGCAGCAGGCUUUCGUGCGUUACACACAUCCUAA